AUGUUUAUAUCGACUCCAAAAGUCAUUUUGGUUGAAACAUGUUCGAACGAAUCAAUGAGCAGCUUUUAUUCCAAAUUAAAUGUUCAUGAAGAUCUGCAAACAUUCCAUGAUAUUAAUUUAUGCAUUGACUAUAUCAAAUCUCAUUCUAGUGAAACGAUUAUUCUUGUUGUUUCUGCAAGUUUGGCUUUGAAACUUGUACCAGAAGUUUAUGGUCUAUCGAGUAUUUCUAUGAUACUCAUGUUUUGUACGUCAAUCGACAAUGAUACAAAAUGGACGAAGGAAUUUUCCGAUAAAUUGCUGAUGUUUGAUGAAGAAGAUGAUCUCUUGGAGAGAUUAUGGUUACAAAUCGAAGAAUACUUUCGAAAACAAGCCAAACAAUUUAGUGAACAAGCAGAUCAAUAUAAACAACGUGCGAAAAAACUAGAACAAUCGUGUGGAUAG